AUGGCGAGGACGACCUCAUGGAAGCACUUGCUCCCCACACUCUUCCUCACUCUUCACCUCUGCCUGCUCUGUUUAUCAUCCUUCACGGACGCACAAAUAUACAAUGGUGACAACGUCGUAGCAGCACCCACCAAGGCCGACAUCAUCACCACGGAUAUCAUCCCAACCUUCGUCAGCACUGAAGCUUCCAAGCCAACCUCAGCCUCGCCCGGUGGCAAACAUUCGACCACAGCCGGAAACAGUACUCUAGCCAUUCCAACCACCACCACAACGGUUCCACCUCCAGUUCCAGUCCAGCCUUAUACAACAUGGGCACCCGGUAGCGGUCCCAUGCCUGUCGCCAGUCCAUUGCCCCUGCCCACUUCACCGGCCAUGUUCCCUCAAAACAUUUCGACCUGCUCGACGUGCUAUGGCAUGUUCCCGACCUUGUCUCGAUGCAACGUCAUCGCCAACUCCAACACCUUCCCAAUCACACCCAACACGACUUAUGCGACCCUGAUGCCCUUCUUGCAGUGUAUCUGUACCUUCAAGGCCCUGGACGCCUACCCAUACUGUGUUGACUGCUUCGCAAAGACUCAGCAGCCCACACAAUUGAAUGUCCUCCAGGCCAACCAUCUGAUCAACUACAUUGAUGCUUUCCGACAGCUGUGUGGAGUCACAUACAACGGCAACAGGAUCCCAGGCAACGCUGGCAGUGCUCUUGUGCCGUCGGUCGGCACAAAGUUGUCUGCGUUGUUGGCGGGUCUGACAGGAGUCUUGGCUAUGAACUUUUGGGUGGCGUUGUAG